GCUGCUGCGCUCCACUUCACCCAAGUUUUUAUUUGAUUUUGCUUUAUUUUUCCCCGCGAAUUGUUGAGUGACGGAGAAGCGUGUCUUAUAUGCCUGAAUGAAUGACUAGCCGUGCGGGAGGUCACCUCUUAGGUUCGGUGGCUCGCUGCUGGCUGCCCACGCUAGCUAAUGAAUUCGUGUUUGGUUGGCGGCCUUGGCGGGUGUGGCGCCGCCCGGAAUCCUCACCACCAGCGAGGAGGAGGCGAGGAGGCAGUGGCGAGCGCCGAAUGAACCUCACCAUCAGUCUCUUCUCACCCGCGUUAGUGGAUAGACACGCGGCGUCGCUCGCUAUCCGUGGCCCUGUGUGGCCUGACGCGGUGGUUCACCGGAUCAUUCCCCGACAAUAUUCUCAGAAAUUAAGAACAUAAUAUAUGAGUAAUAAUUGUAUAGUUGAUCGACAAUUUUCCGACUUUUAAAAGUUUGUGCUUUUAGUCAAAAAAGAAGAAAAAAAAAAACACUGAAAGCAAUACUUCUCGGGAAAUAUUUACGAAUCAUAAACCUGCUUAACCGUUUAAUCCACGUUGCAUUCCCUGUCGCACUCCAUAACUGUACAUGUGUGUGAUCAGCAAAGUAGUUGUCUGUGUGGGCGAGUUCUUGCCGACGACGAGACGGCUCCAGUGCCCCGCCGCCUACGGCUGUUGAUGCCUCAGGGGCUGCUCAGUGAAGUGCGUUGGCGCGUCGUGUGCGACAAGAAGUGCGUGCAUGCGUGGAAGACUUUCACUUGUUUUCUUUUUAGUCACGGGCAACCUCACAGACUUGGCGCCCCAGUAACGUUUUCCAAGCGGAAGCGGCGGCACUCGCCCCUAAGGAGUUCAGUGCACUGUUAAGUUUUAGAGGGCCGUGCACGCCUCCUUGGUCCAGUGCUGAGGCCUCCAAGUGCCUCACGCCUCUUAAGUACUUAGGCCGCAGAAACUUCCCACAUCCACGCCUCCCACACAGCCCAGUACCGUUCCCUCAUCCACCCUGGCUCUCUACCAGCUCCCGUCCAUGCACCCACCGCUGUCCUCACUGUCUCCUCAUGACUACCCCUUGCACGACUCUGACAGUUCUGGGUGCACUGCCGAGCCUACAGCAGUGAGUGAGGAGAGGAGGGGGGAGGAGGCGCCGAGGAGCCUCAAGAUGACCCUUACCGAGACCCCCGCGUCCCAGCUUCCUCCGGAGUUCCCGGAGGAGGAGACGGUGACGCUGCUGCCGUGUACCAUCUGCAACAGGACCUUCAACCCGCAGGCUCUCAGUCGCCACAGGAAGGUCUGCGAGAAACUGUCCACGAAAAGACGACAGAGUUUCAGUUCCACCAAACAGCGGACGGAGGGCAUCGACGCGGGCCCCACCAAGUCUUCGGAGAGCAAGAGUCACGCUAAGAGCAAGACCAAAUGGCGAGAGAGACACCGAGAGUUCCUGAGGGCGAUUCGAGCUGCCAAGGGAAUGAACGAUGACGAUGACCAGGGCCCUGUCUCCAGCGUCCCCUCAGAUUACGUUAAAUGUCCCCACUGCGACCGUCACUUUGGGCCCAAGGCAGCGGACCGCCACAUCAGCUGGUGCCACGAGCAAAGCACCCGCGUGGCCAGGUCCCCGGCGGAUAGCCAGGCCGUGGAGAGACUCAAAUCCAGGACCAAGUACGUGCCGCCCAAGCCUGGUCAGAAUGGGUGGCGAGCGCCCAAGAAGAGUGACGUCAUCUCCUCCAUCCCGCCACCCAGCACCGGCCACACACCCCUGCCCGUGCCGCAGCCCUACGCCCUCAGGGAGCUCAGUCCUCCGCUACAGGCCCGCCACCACAGCCCCACCAGGUCCAUCAGCCGCCACACCAGCCCGCCGCUUCCUACAGGUCGCCACGUCAGUCCUCCCCCGCACCACCCUCCCGCCCCGUCCUCCACCUCCUCCUCGCGGCGCCCCUCUGUCGCCUCCUCCGUGGGCACCACCAUGUCUCUGGGUCGCGCUGCCGGUAGACAUUUCUCCAACAUGCUCAAGUCUUCUGACCACGCUGACGAGGACGAAGUGACGGGAGGCAGCAUCGGCUACGGUCACUCCUCCGGGUAUGGCCAAUCACGGCACGGCCAAUCCUCGGGGUAUGGCCAGUCAUCAGGAUAUGGCCAGUCAUCGGGGUAUGGCCAGUCAUCAGGAUAUGGCCAGUCAUCGGGGUAUGGCCAGUCAUCAGGGUACGGGCAGUCAUCAGGUUAUGGGCAGUCGUCUGGCUACGGCCAGUCAAACUACGGGCUGUCGAGAAACCAGCCUGGGAGGAACUCUUUCUCAGCGCUGAGUUCCCCCGUGCUGCGGCAGAGAUCAACGCGCACCUCACUCCGCCGCACCUCUUCCAACGCCCCUAUGGCCCGCCGCAGGGACCUCGCCUCGGACAUGAUGGCCAGCGUGUGCUUCGGGUCGAGUCCCAAGAGAGGCGAGCCAGAGGGAGACGAGGCCGGGGACGCAACACCCAGCUGCUCCAUAUCACGCCAGGAAAGCUUCUCCAAUAAAGUGGAGAAAGAUAAAGUAAAUCUGAAGAAGAAAAUGACUAAAACAAUAAUGAUAGACGGCGAAGAAAAUAACUCGAGGACGUUACUGGAACUCGAAGUCACGCUGGAGGAGGCGGAGGAAGAGGAGGAGGAGGAGGAGGAGGAGGAGGAAGAGAAGGAUGAGGAAGAGGAGGAGUCGGAGUGGACCCAGGAAAAGAUUGUCAGUGCCCGAGUGAUGGAGGAAAACUUAAAGAACAAGUGUAAGUGGGAAAGUACUGAGGAAGGUGAUGAAUAUAUGGAGAGGAAAAUUAGUUCAAACAGUGAUGACACAACAACGUCGGUCGUCACGAAUGACUCCGGAGUGGACCUUGUCACUUCAAGCUACAUGAUGGACUCAGGGAUUGGCGCGAACGUCCUUGAUCCAGACAGCGACAACGAGGUCCUGAAGGAACUCCAGUACAGCGAGGACGAGGACGAGGAGCCCGAGGGGUGUCUCGAUAUUCCCACGGAGGAAAACUUUCUCAAGUCGUCCACUUCGGUGAGCGGCGACGACGAAGGUGCUGAAGCGAAUUACUUAGGAAGACCUCGAUCAGUGCACUUCGAGGACGAGCACUGGGAGGACGGCGAGUACAGGAUAAAGAAUACUCAAGACGCUGAAUAUUCCUCCUCGUGGAACAAUGCAAGGCAAGCCUACCAGGCGGAAAGACACGCAGACAACAACCAUAUUGACUCUUGGGUCAACGGGGACAGGUCUUAUCGGAAACGCGAACUCCAGCCGCUCCCCAAGAAUGCGAGUGACUUCGAGUCGAUCCAUAAGACACAAGCACCGGCGGCAGCAGCUGGCCGCCCCCACAACGUGAAGAGCGCCAACAGGGAGAGCGUCAGGGAACUCUUGAGACGUAAAAGAGAGGAGGUAGGUGACGCGAUGGCACAUGACGGGAGAAGAAGGUUACCUUCUAACGAAAGACAAGGGAGUAAUGUGGAAAGAGACUCGUCAGGGAGGAGGAGAAGGAAUCUGUCUAAUGAAAGAACUGGUGGAGAAAGUAAGCAUGCUGACAGAAAGAGAUUGCCGUCCAGCGAAAGGACGGGAAGAGGUAUGGAAGAGGGAUAUGCAGACAGGAGAAGAGCGACUUCAAGCGAAAGGACUUGGGGCGGCAGGGAAGGAGGGGCCGCAGAGAAAAGGGCAGUGUCCAAGGAAAGAACAUAUAGCGUGGAAGGGAGGCAUUUAGACAGGAGAAGAAUGAUAUCUAGUGAGAGGACAGGUGAUAAUGAAGGAAGAUUCACUGACAAAAGAAGAAAUAAUCGCUCCAGAGAAGUAACCCAGAAAGAAACAAUCCGUAAAACUGACAGAAAUAGUGACAAUCGUAGUGAAGAAAAGUGUAUUGAAGGCAGAAGUGUGGAUGCCGUGAGGACCGGUGGCAGGAAAGUCUAUGAUCCAAAGAGCUAUACAGUUAAUGCCCACAGCAAUUGUGUACCUCACUUGAAUAGCUCAGUGUACCCAGAAAAGCGGUUACAUGUGUCUCGCUCCAGAAGUCCCAAGAGAGAAAACGAGCGCCGCGUUGGGGUGACUACGCAGCCCUUGUCCCUGGAGGAGAGCGAGGCAGGGGUGGUCAUAUCGAGGAGGGACUAUGUCAUGUUCAAGUCACUCAUCGGCUCAGGAAGUGAAAAGAGGAUAAAGGAGUAUGCGAAGGCAAAGAGAAUGAACAAAAGACCGAACUCUCCAAAACUCAGCAAUCAAAAAAGAUGGGGCGACACGGCCCACAGCUCCGAGUCUAGCUUCGGAACCGAGUCCUCCAAUAUCAAGUCCGCCAGAGCCAGUCUGAGCAGGCUGCUGAGCGGCAAGACAUCGCACACCAAUGGUAGAUACGGCAGCAGCGGCUCGGCCCUGGACUCCCAGACGCCUCACAUGAAUGACCUGGACGGUGGCAAGAAGAACUCUGACAUACAAGACGACUCUCAGCACCGGGCGUCUAGCGGGUCGUCCUCAGACUCCUCGCUGCCGCCACUCUCCUCGCCUUCUGCCUCACCUUCUACCACGAAGGGCGAGUUAAGCAGCGCCUCCAUGCGGCUACCCAGGUUCUGUCACGAGUGUGGCCACAAAUACCCGGUGCUGCUAGCCAAGUUCUGUUGCCAGUGUGGCUCGCGCAGGCCGAGCGUGGAGUCCUGACGUGGCUGGACAUCAGCGCCCCGCCGCUGAUCCGCAGCAAUCCUGGGGGCUGUGGAGUGAUGCCAAGGUGUUUGGUGAUCUUCAUCUGGUCACUUCCUUAUGUUUUAGGAAUGACUUUUAUCAUCUAGGUUGUGUUAGUAUGGUUCUCUUUAAAGAUACAAGUCCAUAAAUAUUUUCUUGCAAGUAUUCACUUCAAAAUUAAGAUAAUCUUUUAGGAAAUAUUAUUUGAUAAUCUAAAAUAAAGAUAAAGCACUAACGAAAGUUGAAUGUGGAAAUAAAAGACUGACAUCUCAAAGUCUUCCCUCGUGUGGGAAUCAUCGCAGCUAACCGCUCUGUGCAGCUAACCAACCCUCAGCAGCCCGCGGUGGCCCUGCUAGUCCGCCCGCCACUCAUAACAUGAAGGCACGCCACCUCCUCCUCCUCCUCCUCCUCCUCCUCCUCCUCCUCCUCCUCCUCCUCCUUCUCCUCCUCCUCCUCCUCCUCCUCCUCCUCCUCCUCCUCCUCCCCACAAGAUGCUCCCUGGUGAACACAGGAAUUCACCGCGGAUUUAUCUUUUCUACAACAUGAAGAUUAAAAGAAUAUAACUUUCUUAUAGUUAAAUAAAAUAGCAAAAUAUAUUGAAAAAAAAGAAAAAUAGAACUGCCUUCAUGUUUAUCUCCCAUUCUAAGUCAGCUGACCGAAGUCUGUGUUUGACGUAGGUGCUAUUGUGUGUGCGUAGGUUAACCUGAGAAACUAAAGAAGUAAUGCUAAGGAUACGAUUAAGGAAAAAAUGUCACCUAGUAAAUUUUCAGCGGUAUUGGAAUUGAGUCUCUCCCUGCGGUAUGACAAUGAGGCCUCUUGCUGGCCGCUCACUGAGGCAAUGGGGCACCACGCCCUCCACCCAGGCAGGGCAGGGAGGGCGGCGGGAUCUCUGCAAAAAGCGAAUAAUCAUCUCGGGAAACGUGACAAGAAUCAGUACGAGUAUAAGAAAUGAGAACAAUGCCAUCAUCUCGCCUGUGUCUCGUCCAUCGUUAACAGAGCAACGCCUUCCUCCCGCCACAUUUCCCUCGUGGUUGUGAAUGAAUCUCGGAACGCUGACAUCAUUACUGUGUUCAUCGCCACCAUUACCAUCAUCAUCACCGUUGUCAUCAUCAAUGUCUUAGUCACUCACAUUAAUAACUGACUGCAUCAUUGAUUUUUCACCAUAGCAAUUCUCCCCUCUUUGACCUCACUAUCAUCAACACCAUCACCAUCACCAUCAUCACUUAGACUGGACGGUUAGCAUUUUGUAUUGUAUUUUUUUUUCUUAUUAGCUUAUGAUGUAAUACGCAGCGCAGGGUGAAGCUACAGGGCUGAAGGGUUCUUGCUACUGUCCCUCUCCUUAUAUGACCUGCUGCUACUACUACUACUACUACUACUACUACUACUACUACUACUACUACUACUACUACUACUACUUCAUCUACUACUAUUGCUACUACUUCAUCUACUACUACAACUACUACUACUACUACUACUACUACUACUACUACUACUACUACUACUACUACUACUACUACUACUACUACUACUACUACUACCACCUCUCCUUUUACUUCUGCUACUGUUACUAACCACACACACACACACACACACACACGGUGAGUCCAGGCAUUCCCUCUCCACCUAUAUAUCCAUCUUUUAUUGUAAAAUGUCAGGUGGAAAGCAUUUAUUAUUAUUAUUUUUAUUAUUAUUAUUAUUAUUAUUAUUAUUGUUAUUAUUAUUAUUGUUAUUGUUAUUACUACUAUUCCUACUACUACUACUAUUACUACUGUUGGUUUCUGCUCUCAAUUACCAUCAUGAUCAUUAUGACUGAUGUUGUUAUUGUCGCUGUAGUUGUGGUAUUAGCUAUAAUUACAGCAUUACCAGUUGUGACAGUUGUUGUAGUAGUUGUUGUAUUUUUUUUGUUGAUAAUUUCAUCUUAUGAUUGUAAGUUACAUCAUUGUCAUUAUUAUUAUUAUCAUUAUUAUUAUUAUUAUUAUUAUUAUUAUUAUUAUUAUUAUUAUUAUUAUUAUUAUUAUUAUUUACCUCAUAUCAUCAUCACCAUCAUCAUCAUCAUCAUCAUCAUCAUCAUCAUCAUCAUCAUCAUCAUCAUCAACGUACUUUCCUUCCCGGGGUUCUGGACCAUGAACAAGUCUGAUGAAGCUCUUCCGUACAUGUACUUGAAGCUUAGCAAUACCAAGUGGCCUUUCUUUGCUAAUUUAAAUAUAAUAAUUUAUCCCA